GGCUGCGAGAGGGGAGCCGGAAGUGGCUGCCUCGGCGGCGAGAUGGCGUCCGCAGGCUCCCCGGUGGACCGGCUGCCCCCGCCCUUCCCGGUGGAGGCGGAGGCGGCCGAGGCGAGUCCCGGAGACCCCCAGCCGGACAGCGAUUCGGACGGGGAGGACAUCUUCACUGGCAACGCCAGCAAGCCAGAGUUCCCCAAGAAGGAAUCCCCAGUGCCGCCGGAGAACAGCUUAAAGACCAAUGGCAUCCAGGAAGAACAAGACAAUCUGGAUCUAUUUGCAGAUGCCACUGUCGAAUUGUCCCUGGAUAAUACCCAAAACCAUCCAAAGAAGGAGACAACGCCAGAGCUCAGCCCUGUCCCCUCUCUGGAAAAACCAACUCCUUCCUCUUCUAAACAGCAGUCCAAAUCCGAAGAGGAGGUAGGCACUUGUGUGUUUGGCUAAUUAUCUACUCGGUGU